AAAUGAUAAAUUAUCUCUAAUAAGUGUUUAUUUUUGUACAUGGAUAAAUAAAAGAGGUAAAAAAAAAAAAAAAAGCAUUUAUUUUGCAACAAAACUAUUAAAUAGAGGGUUCAAAAGUAACUUACUCGUAACAUAUAAUAAAAACAAAAGGAUCAAAUUUAUCAUAUUUAUCACUCUCCAGUCUCUUCUACCAUCUUCUUUCCAAAGUUUCUACACAAACAGAGCGCCGGCAAAAACACAGAAAGUCUGGUACUACCAAAAAUCAGUAUGGAAACAGCAACUCGAAAGAGCAGCAAAGGGGCUAUAGAAGGGCUUUAUAGAAUGGUUAUGCGUAGAAAUUCAGUCUAUGUAACCUUUGUCAUCAUUGGUGCUUUCCUUGCUGAACGAGCUGUUGAUUAUGGUGUUCGUAGGCUUUGGGAUAACAAUAAUGUAGGGAAACGGUAUGAAGACAUCCCAGUUUUGGGGCAACUGGAAUCUGAAGAAUGAAUUCCUCUUUCAUGAUGACUACUUAGGUUUGGAAUUUCAUCUGAUGUAAUAGUAGCUAUAUGUGCUGUAUGUCCAGAAUCAUGUCACUCUCUUUCUGGAUAUGAUGCAUUUAUGUGUAACUUGGAGAUCCUUAGAUCUAUGUAAAAAGUUUGUUGUUACUAUUACUUGCACCAUUGCCAAGAAGUAUUUGAACCAAAAUUCUCUUCUCAAC